GUUGAGGAAGCGCUAGAGUCAGAGUUGGAAUCUAUUUUAGGAGCAUGGACAAAUUGGUGCGCAGGCGAGCAUAGCCCCCAGAAAAACAGACAACAAGUAAAUGACAUCCGUGCGGCUCCACUGGGCAUGACUCUAAAAUGCCAUUGAGGAGGCAGUCGCAGCAAUAAAAGUGAAAUCCGCACGAGCAAACACGCACACACACUCACACACCCAGGCACAAACACAGCCGCCACCGCAGACAGGCAGCGAGCAGGCAUUCAUUUUCGUAUUGGUCAACGUAACGAAAUGGCGGUAACAACAGGCACCACCACAACCAGCCCCUCGCCAAGUCCGCGACGCAGGCAUAGUACGCGCGAGCAACUGCAUCAGAUUGUGGCUGGAGGCCUGUCGGCGGCCAUAACCCGUUCCACCUGCCAACCUCUGGACGUGCUAAAGAUACGCUUUCAGCUGCAGGUAGAGCCGCUGGGCAAGAGCCAGUCCACGGGCACACGACAGGCAUCCAAAUACAUCUCCAUUACACAGGCGGUGAAGACGAUAUACCGCGAGGAGGGAGUGCUGGCCUUCUGGAAGGGCCACAAUCCCGCCCAGGUGCUGUCCAUUAUGUACGGGAUCUGUCAGUUCUGGACAUAUGAACAGCUCAGUCUUCAGGCCAAUCAGACGCACUACCUCAAGGAUCACCAGCACUUGUCGAAUUUCCUGUGCGGCGCCGCUGCUGGCGGUGCUGCGGUUAUCAUCUCCACGCCGCUGGAUGUUAUACGAACGCGUCUGAUUGCCCAGGACACCAGCAAGGGCUAUAGGAAUGCCACGCGUGCCGUUUCCGCCAUUGUGCACCAGGAGGGACCACGCGGCAUGUACCGUGGACUCUCGUCGGCCCUGCUACAGAUUGCCCCGCUGAUGGGCACCAACUUUAUGGCGUAUCGGCUGUUCAGCGACUGGGCUUGUGCCUUCUUCGAGGUGGGGGACCGCAGCAAGCUGCCCACCUGGACGCUCCUCGCACUGGGCGCCUCAUCGGGUAUGCUGUCCAAGACGAUUGUGUAUCCCUUCGAUCUGAUCAAGAAACGCCUGCAGAUCCAGGGCUUCGAGUCGAAUCGACAGACGUUUGGCCAGACGCUGCAGUGCCACGGCGUUUGGGAUUGUUUACGGCUGACCGUGCGUCAAGAGGGCGUUCGCGGGCUGUACAAGGGCGUGGCCCCCACACUGCUGAAGUCAAGCCUGACGACGGCCUUGUAUUUUAGCAUUUACGACAAGCUCAAGCAAGUGCGGUUCUAGAUGUUAAUGGCAACCAACUGGGGUUAAUGGUUCUACCUAUUGUAGUGGCACUUCUGGUAGACAGAAUAUAUACAGUGUAUUUUCUAUUUUUAUAUAUAUAUUUACCACACCGUGUAAAUAAUAUUAAGCAUAGCUUAGCUGUUAAUUAGUUUUCGGUUCUGCGUGCGGGUUUUUCUAAUGAUAACAUAAUCAUUAGAUUGACUUAAGCAAUGGGUAGAGACACAAAAUACAACAUGCAGCGCACCAGUUAAGAAACUAUUAUUUCUAGUUUUAGGUUGAAGCGGGUUUUUUUUAUCCACAAGUUCCCCGAAUCUACAGCUUUAUUGUUUUUGCGGGACGCAUAGUUAUUUAAUUAUCUUUAUCAUAUUUUCAUAUUCAGGGACACAAAUAAUAAAUUAAAACGCACCAUGAUAUUUUUAUCUGACGA